AUGAGUCCACAAUAUGGUGACAUCAAUGUGUUAAUUAACUUUGGAUGGAAUGAUCUGAUUGUAACCUUUACCUUAGUAGUUGAAUAUAGAGUUAGGAACCAAUUAUGGUCACCUGAGGUCAAGUCCAAGGAGAGGGGGUCAAGAGGGGCAACGAUUUAUGUAGCAUGUGUUCAAGAGACUAGGUGGAAAGGGCAAAAGGCAAAAGGUAUUAAGGGAUAUAAGUUGUGGUAUGCAGGUUUGGACGACAGGCCUAACAGGGUUGACAUCCUAGUGUCUAAUGAUAUCCUAAAGCAACUGGUUGAAGUAAGGAGGUGUAAUGACAAGAUUAUGCUAGUUAGGAUAGUAGUGGGGGAAGAAAUCAUAUCUAUUGUCAGUGCGUACGGGCCCUAA